AUGGCAGUGAGACAACGGCCACAUCAGAAGAAGUAUAAGCUGAGAACUGGCUGUGUUAAUGUGUCCCAUUUUCAUAAACCUGGGGAAACGAGGUUUAUAAGAGUGGAGAUUUAUCAGAAGCUGAAGUAUGUUAUUCAAAGGCAAUCGUGCAACUAUACGCAUGGCUCUUGGAAGAAUGAGGGAAAAUGUCUAAACGACUGUAGAAUGGCUGCUGCAUUAGAUCCCAAUUUCAUGAAGGGGAACUUCAGUGGUGAAGAUACUGUUAGGGUUACCACCAUGAACAAGCAUGGGAAGCAUGAUUUGGAUAUUCCAGUCAUUGUCAACCCAAGAAAUGAUCCUCCAUUUAUUAAUAUCCUUGAGUUCAUCAUGUUGGAGAAUGUGACAGAAGAUGAUAUUCACUUUCCAGGUCAUAUUCACUUUCCAGUUUACAACACUGCACUUUUCAUUUAUGCUCUUACAAGAUUUGUUGUAAGUCCAUUAAUCCCAAGCCACUGA